GCCGGUAACAGUGCCAGAGUCUGGCACACAUCGACAAACAGGAAAAUGAGUUUGGUUUCGGCUCUGGACGCGGUUUAUCAGCCCGCACAACUUUUGAACUGGGUCUAUCUGUCCCUCCAGGAGUCUGAGAGAAACGCGGCGUCUGAUGGGAAAUACAGCAGCAAACCAAAGGAGGAUCUGGACUCACAUCUCCACUCCAGCAUCAGCAUCAGAAGCAGCAGCAGCUUCAUUCAGGAGCGCACAGAGACUCUGUGUAGCCGCUUAUAUAAGGGCUCGUCUCCCUAUGGCUCGUUAAACAACAUCGUCGAGGGUCUGAGUUUGCUGACGGACAGCUUCUCUGACCUCUCGCUGACCUCUGAACCCAGAAAGCCCUGCAGGAAAUCUCCACCCAACUACCUGUGCCACCUGUGCUUCAAUAAGGGCCACUACAUCAAAGACUGUCCGCAGAUGAGAUCUUCUGACACUAAUAUGACACAGAAUCUCUCAUUAUGUCGGUGUGUCCACUGCACACAUCUCUGCUCCAGGACGUCUGUCUCACUGAAACCCAACACUGGAUCACAGCUGGACACGUCUGGCCGAGCCGCCACAAAAACUCCUUAUAUAGAGGAAGGGCGUCUGUGGUUCCAGAUGGACUGUGACAACAGACUGGACAUCCUGGGCAUCUCAGGGCGUCCAAUCAAUGAUGGGUCCUGGCACGCCGUGACCCUGGAGCUCACUAGUAACUACACUCUCCUUUCGCUGGACGACAGCUAUGUGGAGCGCCGGCGUUCUGCGCGGGCCCCUGUCCGCAUCUGGCCCCUGGCCGCAGACGGAUCGCUGUUCUUUGGGGCUCAGGUGUUGCACGGACCAGUGGGCAGAGGCAGCCAGAGGCCCCCACGGGCGCAAGAAGGCUUCCAGGGGUGCCUCGGGUCCAUCAUGCUCAACGGGAAUGAACUCCCUCUUCAGAAUAAGAGGAGCCGGUAUGCAGAGAUAGCUGGGCUGAGUGACCUGAAGCUGGGAUGUGUUUUAUACCCUGAUCCGUGCCUCGGAGGACCGUGCCAGAAUGGAGCUUCUUGUACAAAGCUGCCCUCUGGUGACUUCUCAUGCAGCUGCCUGCCACAGUUCACGGGGUCCCGCUGUGAGAUGGAGGUGACGUCCUGUGUGCCCUCACCUUGUCAGAAUGGGGGUGAUUGUAAGGCUGUGGGAAACACCUUCCUCUGCGGUUGCCUCAAAGGCUUUACGGGACUCAUGUGA